AUGGAGUGGCGCCGAAUUCUGGGCCCCAACCUCAAGUUGGAGAUUUUGUGCGGCCUGACGGUGGCCUUGGCCCUGGUCCCCGAGGCCAUCGCCUUCGCGCUGGCGGCGGGGCUGCCGCCGGACGUGGGGCUCAACUCCGCGUGGAUCAUCGCGGUGGUGACCGCCAUCUUUGGAGGUCGUCCGGCCAUGAUCUGCGGCGCCACGGGGUCCCUGGCGGUGCUGGUGCCUGGCACUGUGGCCAUGCCCCACGGCAAGGAGCUGCUCUUUUACGCCGUCAUGGUCAUGGGCGUCCUGGAGAUGGUCCUGGGAGUGCUCCAAGUGGGCACGCUGGUGAAGCUCAUCCCGGUGCCGGUGAUGAUCGGGUUCUGCAACGGCCUGGCGCUGGUCAUCGGGCUCGCACAGUUCUCCAACUUCAAGGCGCGGGGUGUAGUUCCCAUGUGUUUGUUUGUUGUUUGUUUGUUUGUUUGUUUGUUUGUUUGUUUGUUUGUUUGUUGUUUGUUUGUUUGUUUGUUUGUUGUUGUUGUUUUUUUCUCCCCUUUUUGGGUUUUGUUUGUUUGGUUUGUUUUGGUGUUUCUCUCUUUUUCUUUUUUUUGGGGGAUGUUGUGCCCAAAGUUUUUGUUUGGGGGGGGGGAGAUAUUUUGUGCCAGAAAAUGCUGA